AGGCAUUUGGAGAGCAGACAGGACUCAUCGUGCCGGAGACGAUGACGGUCGAUGCGUACGUGGAACAGCACUCGGGGCUGCUAGAGCCGGAACCCCUGGACUACAAGCACUCGGUCUGGUUCAUCCCGGAGUUCGGCGCGGAGGCGCCAGAGGCCGGCAGUACCGUGGAAGGUCUCCUCAACCGCUCGUCGCUCAUGGAUGUAGCGUUUCGCGGAAUGCAGCGUCAGCACAGCCUUAUCUUCAUCUCGGCCUUGGAGGACCCUACUCCAGAAGUGGUGUCCUAUAUCGACUUUCAGUCGUACCCCGAUUUUAACAUGUCCCACGAGGGCUAUCUCAAGUGGGGCGAAAACGCGACUUGUGACUACCGGUACGCCACGCCUGGUACCUUCGAAGGGAUGCACUUCGAGCCGCGCUGCAGGCCCUGGUACCAAGACGCCCUCGACGAGGGCAAUACUGGGUGCAUCAUCACUAACCCGUAUGUUGACGCACACUCCUUCAAGCUCAUUCUAACGGGUGCGGCACCCGUGUUCAACCCCUCCGGCAACCUUCUGGGAGUGGUCGGCUUGGACGUCAACUCUUCGGAUAUCGAGAGCACCAUCAAAAACUUAACUAUUAUCGACGGGGAGGGCUACGCCUAUCUGCUGGCCCCGGGAGGGGAAGGGCAGGUAGCCGUUCACAAUUCCUUGGAGGACUACGGGCAAGAGCAGUACGUAUACGAUCUCGAGUCUGUGGUCGAGGAAGAGUUCGAACCCAUUUUGACAAAAAUGAACGAAAACUGCAAUGGGUCGAAGGAGUACACGAUGAACGGGGAGACAUGGCUGCUGGCGUGGAACCACGAAACGGUAAGCAGCUCGUCAACGGUAGCGGCGGCAACUUCGGGGACGGAUGCUGAUGAAGUGUGCGAUGGCUUUAUCGUUGUCGUUACCGUCAGCAAGUCGGCCCUCUUGGAGGCAUUCUCAGAGACGGAAGACGAUAUUCGCUAUUUCGUCGCCCUGGCGAGCAUCAUCAUGGCGGCGGUGCUGCUGGUGAUCGGCUGCUGCACCGGCGGAUCCGCCCGCAUCUUGUCAACAAGCAUUACCGAGCCCGUCAAUCAGUUGGUGGAUGUUGUUCAUGCAUUGAACCGGCGUGAUUUCGCCGAGAAGGCCCCCGGGACGUGGAUUGUAAACGACGUGACGUCGCCCGAGGUGGAAGAACUGAUGACGGCGUUCCAGGCCAUGACCACCGUCGUGAAGUUCGCCAACAUUAGGGUAAACCACGGCGACAUUGACGUGGCCCAACAAAACUACAUUGAAGCCAAGGUCCUCUUCCUGAAGCUGGGAAACGAGCGGGGAGUUGGCAUCGUGCAUAACAACUUGGGCAGUGUGUACACGCUCCAGGCGCGCGAGUUUGCUAAGCAGGCCGCCGCGGAGACGGACAAGGCGAAAGCUGACCUUCUCAUGGAAAAGGCGGACGAAAAGUUUUACGAUGCAGUGACGAACUAUCAGGUGGCGAUCGAUGACGCCUUCUUGCUGUGCGCAGGACAGGAUCAGAUUCACGAAGACGACAGCGACAACGGCGGCAUCGACGACUACGCCAACAGAGGAGGGGAGUUCAAGGAAGGGCAGCCACGACAGUCUGGUUCAAGGCCCGACGUCGAACAGGGGUCUGGAGUUGCAGGCGGGUCGAGGAUCAUGAGUAACCAUGGCUAUCGACACGUGAGCGCUCGCAGGGCUAGCAGCACCUACAGUGUCUCUCGCCUAUCCUUGGACAACCCCAACUCGGCGCUCGCUCUCGACCUCCAGCUAGCGAACCGGAAGCUAAACCUUGCUUUAUGCCUGGCCACCAAAGGCUUCAGCGGUGUGCCCUUGGGGAGACCCCCCGACCUCAACGCGGUCAAUCACGCCAGACGGCUCCUAAACGAAUGCGCCACGCUGGCGGCGAACAGGAACGAUCCCAAAGGUGACCAGCGACAUGUGGAGUGCCUCCUCGAAGUCGCGAAGCUCGAGCGCCAGGCGGGUCGCAGCAAAGAGGCCUUUGAGGCCCUGGAUACUGCCCAGCGCGUGGUGAUGGAUUCCCAAGGUGUUGGCGGCGCGGGCAGUGCCCAUCGCACGGCCGGCCUCGGCAACCCUGUCAGUAUUGGAAUCGCCGUCCCUCCGCCGGAAGGAGUCUCACUGUCCGCGCCCUUGGCGGCGCUUAGGCAGCAGGUCCUGGUGGCGCGUGGGGAGCACUGCGUCGCUUCCGGUAAACCCAAUGAAGCCAUCGAGCACUGGACGGAUGCUGUCGUCGGUUGCGGAGACAGAAUGGACGUGGUUGCGGUACGAGGUGCAUUGAUGGGUCUCCGCAAGCUGGCCGAGAACGGGUUGAAGUUCCCGAAGACGCUCAUGGAUGCCCUGGGCUUUUCAGAUUUGGAGCCAAACCGCACGGUGGGCGUCGAUCAGCUCGUGGCGGCCGUGGACGAGGCCCUGGCAAAGCUAGACUCCGUGGCGAAGAAGUCCGGGACAGCGGUGCCGGCCGUGGAGGCGACCAAAGUUGACCUGUGCUUCGUCAUGGACUGCACGCGCUCGAUGCAGAGUUGGAUCGAACAGGCAAGAAGCAAGUUGAUUGACAUCAUCGAGCAGGCGAAGAAGGAUGUGGACAACCUUGAGCUCCGCGUGGCCUUCGUAGGGUACCGAGACUUCGGAGACAAAGAGCGAUGCGAGGGUCCUUACGACUUCCACACGGAGGACAAAAUUCCCCAGCUUCUCGAGAAGCUGAAUCGCAUCAAGGCUACCGGAGGCAAAGACGUGCCCGAGGACAUUGCCGGAGGGUUGCAAAAUGCAACUCAACUGUCGUGGGAGAGCCCCAUCCGCCUAUGCAUGCUCAUCGCAGACGCGCCGUGCCACGGCUCGAUGUACCAUAGCUGCAGGGACAACUACCCGACGGGCUGCCCGAAAGGACUCGAUCCGUCCAAGCUGCUCUACAAGUUGCAGUACGAGCUCGGAGUGGAUUUCUACUUCGUCCGCAUCACUGGCAUCACUGACAAAAUGAUCAGUGUCCUUCAGAACACGGUGACGGGAUACACUUCGGAUCGCAACCACGCACGCCGACGGCCUCUCAAGGGCACCGCGAACACCGAGCCAAAGUUCAUGGUGCAUGACCUAGGCUGCAACGAUCACCGUUUCCUUGACAUCGUGGUAGAGUCCGUCAAGGCAAGCGCUGGCAUCAACCUCCGCAUCGAAGUUUACUGUUGACGAGGAGCAGAAGUUUUUCCAACGGCCGACAAGGAUGCAACAUUUGUUAUGUUCGGCCCCAUGCCCAAGGUAGUUAUGAGGAGGAGAGCAUCGUUAUUUGGGCGGCGGUUAAAGUUGCAUGGUUGUGAGGUUUCCGGUGCUUUACAAGUACAGAAACGAAGAGAAGGUGGGCACAUAUUUUCGACUUUGGCUCUCGGUUCAUGUUUUGCGGUUUCGUAUGUACGCACUCUGUCGCGAUCUUUUGUGGGCUUGGUGCCGGAAUCAGUCGAUCAACACGAUCGCAGAGGGCAAUAACAGUGUGGGGUUACUACCUUGAGGCGUGAUUCAGCGGGUGGGGGCACAAAAUUUUGUCGAAAGUCAAACCCGGUGAAUGGAGGGUAGGGCCCGCCGUCCUCUCUGGUGGAUGUAUGAAGUAUUUUGUCGGGAAACCUUCGGGGAGUACCGAAGGGGAGGAGUUUCUAGGAGAAGAGUGUGCCGUAACGGUCUAGCCUGUCGCUUGAGUUGUAAGUCGGAGUUGCGAGGGAUUAGUUCGAUUUGCUGAGUAUUCAUUUCUGUGGCCCACUAAAAAGCGGUGUCGGUAGUAGAUGUUUUGAGUACCAAUGGACGAGCGGCUAUUCCUGCCAGUACCCGAAUUUGGCUCGACGGACGGAAUAUGGCAGGGCCAGAUGCACACAUACGAACCGAUGUGGUGAUGACAUCAGCAGGUUGAUCAUGUGCCUCAAAUAUUGCAGCGGAAACGUAGGUCACCCUUUCCGUGAGUGGCAUGCUUGAUGGAUGUAGUUGAUCAGUGCAUCAGACGUUACAGCGCAAUUGGGUGAAUUAAGAUCACUCGUCCAGAAAAGCGGUCCUGUCAAGCAAAGACUGCUGUACAAACUAUUCAUGUUUUUGACGUUUAUCUGGGGGGCAUUCUCGUUGGAUUGAGCGUUCCCAAGUUCUGUGGGUCAUAUUUGCUUGCCACGCUGCAGUGUUUGGCAAA